UUUGUUUUUCACCACUCAAUAUUUUACUUGCUUAAUUUUUUUGUACACUUAUACAUUUUUAAUGAGUACAUACCAAUGUAUCUCUUCUUUUUGUUUAUAUGUACAUUGGUGAAAUAAAACAAAAACAAAAAAUAUACUAUAUUAAAAAGAAAAAUUGUAUUAUAACCAGCAUUUAAUAAUAUUAUAUUGAGAUUGUUCGUUCCCUCAUGAACUUGACAAGACAGUUGGGUUUCAGUCAAGUCGCGUCCGUCAUUGAAUAUUGAAUUAUAAAUCGGCGAUUGUUAUAAAUUUACUAUUCGGUUUAUCAAUUAAACAAACGAGAAAAAAAAAAUAAAAUAAAAUAUUUUACUAAAUUUAAGGGUAAAAUUAUUGUUGUGUGUUAUUUGAAUAAAAUUCAUCGCUGAAAUGAGUCGUGCAAUCGAUAUGCUUCUUGAUAGAGUCAGGGGACACCAAAGAGCCCCAUCUGACUCUAAGGAAUUCCACGAAGUCACAAAGCGUGAUGCACUUCGAUUGUUGGAGAGUGAAUUGGACAAUCUAUUGCUAACAACAACCGAACCAGAAAGAAAACAAUAUCUUCAAAAUGAAAUGAACCGAUUUGCUGAUUUGUUUGGCAGGUUCUUGCAAGAAGAUGGUCCAUCUAUUGAUUGGAAUGAAAUUCAAAAGCUUCCCGGUGAUGCUGUUAUGGAAUACUCUGGUUUGAGUGCCCCAAAAGAUGAACAGAUCAAGGAAAUGUUAAACAAAUUGAUCGUGAUCAAGCUAAACGGUGGUCUUGGUACCUCCAUGGGAUGUCACGGACCUAAAAGUGUUAUUCCUGUUCGCUCGGAUCUAACGUUCCUCGAUUUGACUGUGCAGCAAAUUGAACACCUUAACAAAAAAUACGAUGCCAAUGUACCACUCGUCCUUAUGAAUUCCUUCAACACCGAUCAAGAUACCGAAAAGAUUGUUCGUAAAUACCAAGGUUUCCGUGUACAAAUUUAUACUUUCAAUCAAAGUUGUUUCCCACGUAUUAGUCGUGAAUCUUUUCUACCUGUUGCCAAAGAUUUCACGAUAGAAAAUGAUAUGGAAGCAUGGUAUCCACCUGGUCACGGUGAUUUCUAUGAAUCCUUCCAGAACUCUGGUCUACUGAGUAAAUUUAUUAAAGAAGGUCGAGAAUAUUGUUUCUUGUCCAACAUUGAUAAUUUGGGAGCAACUGUUGAUUUAAAUAUUCUUAGCAAAUUGCUAAAUGAAGAUACACCACAAAAACCAAUGGAAUUCGUUAUGGAAGUUACAAAUAAGACAAGAGCUGAUGUUAAGGGUGGUACUCUUAUCCAAUAUGAGAACAAAUUGCGACUUCUGGAAAUCGCUCAGGUGCCAAAAGAACACGUAGAUGAUUUUAAAUCAGUCAAGACAUUUAAAUUCUUCAACACAAAUAACAUUUGGGCCAGUCUUAAAGCUAUCGACCGUGUGUUGCGUGAAAGAACUCUAAAGAUGGAAAUCAUUGUGAACAAUAAAUCUUUGGAAAAUGGACUGCGUGUUAUUCAACUAGAAACAGCUGUUGGUGCUGCUAUGAAGUGCUUUGAUGGAUCUGUUGGUGUUAAUGUGCCUCGUUCGCGUUUCUUGCCGGUCAAGAAGACAUCCGAUCUGUUGCUAGUUAUGUCCAACUUGUAUAGCUUAAAACAUGGCAGUCUUGUUAUGUCCCCACAAAGAAUGUUCCCAACAACGCCGCUUGUCAAAUUGGGUGAAAAUCAUUUCUCCAAAGUGAAAGAAUUCCUCAAUCGGUUUGCCAACAUCCCAGACAUCAUUGAGUUGGAUCAUUUGACCGUGUCAGGAGAUGUAACAUUUGGAAGGGGUGUCUCUUUAAGAGGAACCGUCAUUAUCAUCGCCAACCAUGGAGAUCGUAUUGAUAUCCCGGCUGGAGCUAUUCUCGAUAACAAAAUCGUAUCGGGCAAUAUGCGCAUUUUGGAUCAUUAAGUCUUAAAAACGAAGAAAGCGAUUAAAGCAAUCUACAAUAAAACAUCACACAUCAUUUAUUCUGACUCUGCAAAGAGAUCACAUGGCUAAAAUUUUAUAUUUAUAUCAAUAUGUAUAACGGAAAAAAAUCUGAUGCCCUUUAAAAAUGGGUAGCCUACGAUGCAAUCGCUCAAAGUUUCCUACUUAAAAUCGAUUUUAUAAUGCGUAGUUUUAGUUAAUUUAGUAUUUAGUCUUCAAGAUGAUUGUAUAUUCGUGUGUUUUCUUUUUGUUUGUUAAUUUAGUGUAAUGUAAAUUUUGUAUUUUAUUAUUUCGAAACUUGGGAAUCGCAACAAAAAAUAUCUUUAUUUGAUAAAAAAAAUAUUACGGCUUUUUUCGAGGACAUUUUAUUUUUUAGAGAACGUAAGUGUUAAAAUUUUAAAAGAAAGUUGUGCAAAUAAAAAUGAUUAUAUUUGUUAGUUAAAAAU